CAGGCUGAAAAACAUUACUUGCUACUCACAUUUCAAAGCACUUCCUAUUGGGAAACCCCCUACUGGCCUAAAGCCUUUCUAGUGCUACUCUAUAAGCAGCGCAUUACUGCGCACAGUGUAACCGCGCUAGUUGCAUUUUACGCAUGCGCAAUAAUUGUACACGCCCAUUUUCGGGAUUUUUCGGAGCGUCCAGUUGUUAUAAUGCUGCGGGAAACACUGGUUCUCUCCUCUUCUCCUCAUCUUUACACCGCCUCAUCUUUGACUGCAACCUCCCCUUCCUCUCUACAUGUCAUGACAGAGAAAAGAGAAUGCUGAAGAACACAGAGUUUCAAACAUCACUAUCAUUA